UGGGAGACAAGCACUGGGUGUUUUCAAGUCCGUGUAAAUUAUAUUUACAUUUACUACCUUUUGUCUCAUGGAAAUAUUUUGGGUCUUUUCUUGGAAAUGGAACGUGUGCCUUGCCUCCGCGUGUCGCUUUGUCGUGCACAACAAAUAAGGGAACACCUCCAGUCACGAGAUUUCCUGGAUCGAAGUUUAUGUAUGGUGAAAGAACCUUCUGGAACUGUCCUUCUUCCCAUUUUAAGUUCUUGUUUACCACAAAUUGAUCAAACCUUUCUGAAAGAUGUGACAACAGUUUGGUGCCAGCCAUCUGCGCUGUCCAAGAAGGAGAGACGAAGGAAAAGUGGUAAGCUUGAAGAUGUUCUACAGGAGUUGUUGCAGUCUCAUGGAGAAAUUUGGACAAAGGAGUUGAGGGAGGAUCUGCCUCGCAGCUUCCAGUGGCAUGGAGAUUUAGUCCUACUGGGGCAAAACUGUUUCUCCCUCCCUCAAUGGAAGAAAAUUGAUCAAAAACUAUGGCAUGCAGUUGCAAAAGGCCUGGGAGCUAAACGACUGGCGAGAAUGAGUCGAAUCUCCAGUAAUGGCUUCCGAGCUCCUCAAGUGACUAUCCUGCUGGGAGAGUAUAGUUGGGUCAAACAUGUGGACAAUGGCAUUACGUAUGAGUUUGAUGUCACCAAAUGCAUGUUUUCAGCUGGAAACAUCACAGAAAAGUUGCGGGUUGCCGGAUUUGACUGCAGGGGUGAGACUGUGGUUGAUUUAUAUGCCGGUAUAGGAUAUUUUACACUUCCGUAUCUGGUCCAUGCGGGUGCAGCACAUGUCCACGCCUGCGAGUGGAACCCAAAUGCGAUCGAGGCUCUACGUAAAAAUCUCGUGACCAACAAAGUUCAGGACCGCUGCACAGUUCACCCGGGGGACAACCGACAAAUACAGCUGUGCGACAUUGCAGACCGGGUGAACCUCGGCCUUAUUCCGAGCUCUGAGGACGGCUGGCCGGUCGCCUGCCGCCUGCUGAAUAAAACAACCGGUGGUUUUUUACACAUUCAUCAAAAUGUUACAUCACCGAACAUCAUUGGCACGCAUGCGACGGAUGACGCAAACUCGGGUGGAUCCGUGAGGGGAGCUGACCGGGAGGCGUGGAAGGCCUGGGCUGACAAUGCUGCGAGCCACAUCGCGUGCCUUUUGAGGGAACUCACCGCCACGUUGUGGAAAACAAACAUCCGACAUAUUGAGCGUGUGAAAUCUUAUGCGCCUCGUGUGCAUCAUGUUGUACUGGACUUGGAGUGCAGACCAGCCUAAAUGGUUAUUGAAAAGCCAAAACUCUGAAUACAGUUAACAGCGACACUAUGCUAUUGCAACAUUUUUGUAAACAAAUGAAAUGAAUCUUUUUUUAACUAAUUUCUUUUUUUUUUUUACUGAGAAGGGGCGAAUAAAUGAAUGGACGUCUAGCGCUGUCAAUGGAACUGAAACUUGAGCAUUCACAGCCAGUCUUUCCGGUUUAAAUGAAAUUGACAUAUGUCGCCAUCAACGGCAUACAGUACACUAAAUACUAGGGUUGUUCCGAUCAUGUUUUUUUGCUCCCGAUCCGAUCGUUUUAUUUUGAGUAUCUGUGAUCCCGAUAUUUCCCGAUCCGAUGGCUUUUUUUUUUUUUUGCUCCCGAUUCAAUUCCAAUCGUUCCUGAUAAUUUUCCCCGAUCAUAUACAUUUUGGCAAUGCAUUAAGAAAAAAAUGAAUAAAACUCGGACGAAUAUAUACAUUCAACAUACAGUACAUUAGUACUGUAUUUGUUUAUUAUGACAAUACUUUUCAUUGUGUCAAAGUCAUUUUGUCAGUGUUGUCCCAUGAAAAGAUAUACUUAAAUAUCUGCAGAAAUGCGAGGGGUCUACUCACUUUUGUGAUACACUGUCAGCUAAAAAUGACAGAAUUUUGAAUAAUAAAUAUAAUUAAUUAUCUUCAUUUUAUGGCUGGGUUGAAACAAAAGUGGUUACGCGACAUCUGUAAACGGAGGUUUCCAGGGUAAACUGGACAAAUUAAAAAUAGUUCGGGGGGCUUAACGCGCCAUGAAUCUGCUAUGGCAUCAUCUAUGCAUAUUUUUCUAUCAAACACAACAGUUCUUUUGGCUUAGAAUACAGCAGUUUAUCUUAAAGAGGAGUGCAAGAGCAGAAACUGCUUUUUCAGUCUUGUCAAUUGAAUUCAAUUUUAUUUGUAUAGCCCUAUAUCACAACAAGGUUGUCUCAAAGGGCUUUGCAGAGGCAAUAUGAUACACAGAAACAGCAGAUGAAAUAGAUAAAGACGCAAUAAAUAAAAUUCAAGUCCUGGACAUCCCCCAUCCUUGGACCCUCCAUGUCGGCAAGGAAAAACUCCAAAAACCCUUUGGGAGAAAAUGAGAAACCUUGGGGAGUACCACAGUCAGGAGAGAUCCACUCCCAGGACGGAUAGACAGGGUGCACCAGGACUGCUAAUGGGAAUUAGCAGACGGAGUUACAGUUUGUAUAGAUGCAAUAGAAUAAGGGAACAAGAAGAAGUCCAUCUAGCCAGAUGAGAGGGGGGGCAACGAGGACAUCCAUCCUGUCAGGGGUCCGGAUAGUCAGGAGGCUGCAGCUGAAAAAUAGCCCCUCCCCUUGUCUGUGUUUUCCGCCAUAUAUAAAAGUUUUUAUUUAUUUAUUUUUAAUUAUUAUACUUUUGGGGAAAAGAAAUGAAAAAACUAGGGCUGUCAAAAUUAUCGCGUUAACGGGCGUUAAUUAAUUUUUUAAAUUAAUCACGUUAAAAUUAGGGUAGUCAAAAUUAUCGCUUUAACGGGCGUUAAUUAAUUUUUUAAAUUAAUCACGUUAAAAUAUUUGACGCAAUUAAAGCAGAUGACCCGCUCAGACAGAUUUAAAUGACAGUACAGUGAAACGCUCACUUGUGUUAUAUGGAGUUUUGCCGCCCUCUGCUGGCGCUUGGGUGCGACUCAUUUUAUAGGCUUCAGCACCCAAUGAGCAUUGUGUAAGUAAUUAUUGACAUCAACAAUGGCGGGCUACUAGUUUAUUUUUUGAUUGAAAUUCUUACAAAUUUUAUUAAAACGAAAACAUUAAGAGGGGUUUUAAUAUAAAAUUUCUAUAACUUGUACUAACAUUUUUCCUUUAAGAACUACCAGUCUUUCUAUCCAUGGAUCGCUUUAACAGAAUGUUAAUAAUGUUAAUGCCAUCUUGUUGAUUUAUUGUUAUAAUAAACAAAUACAGUCCUUAUAUACCGUAUGUUGAAUGUAUACAUCCAUCUUGUGUCUUAUCUUUCCAUUCCAACAAUAAUUUACAGAAAAAUAUGGCAUAUUUUAUAGAUGGUUUGAAUUGCGAUUAAUUACGAUUAAUUAAUUUUUAAGCUGUAAUUAACUCGAUUAAAAAUUUUAAUCGUUUGACAGCCCUAGUUAAAAUAUUUGACGCAAUUAUCGCACGUGCCCUGCUCAGUUUAAAAUGACAGCAGUGUAAUGCCCGCUUGUUACUUGUUACUUGUUUUUUUGUUGUUUGGCGCUCUCUGCUGGCGCUUGGGUCCAAAUGAUUUUAUGGGUUUGGGGAGUGAGCAUGGUGUAAUGACAUCAACAAUGGCGAGCUACUAGUUUAUUUUUUGAUUGAUCAUUUUACAAAUUUUAAUAAAACAAACACAUUAAGAGGGGUUUUAAUAUAAAAUUUCUAUAACUUGUGCUAACAUUUAUCUUUUAAGAGCUACAAGUUUUUCUAUCCAUGGAUCGCUUUAAGAGAAUGUUAAUGUUAAUGCCAUCUUGUUGAUUUAUUGUUAUAAUAAACAAAUACAGUACUUAUGUACCGUAUGUUGAAUGUAUAUAUCCGUCUUGUGUCUUAUCUUUUCGUUCCAACAAUAAUUUACAGAAAAAUAUAGCAUAUUUUAGAGAUGGUUUGAAUUGCGAUUAAUUACGAUUAAUUAAUUUUUAAGCUGUAUUUAACUCGAUUAAAAUUUUUAAUCGUUUGACAGCCCUAGAAAAAACAUGUCUUAUGUGUAUCUCUUUCCAAUCCUAAAUCUGAAUAAAUACAUUGGACACUCACACAUACACACAAAAAAUAUGUAUGGGGGGGGCACUUCGCGGAUUUUCACUUAUCGCGGCGGGUUCUGGUCCCCAUUACCCGUGAAAAACGAGGGAUCUCUGUAGUCGCAACUGUUGCUGAAAGGGUUAAAAAAUAAAAUGAAAUACAAUUGAACCGACUCAUUAUCAAGUACAUUUUUUUUUACUUUAUCUAAGUACAUCCUUUU